AUGGCCAAUAAAAGAGUUCCGCGAGCUCCGUUACAGCCUAUCACUUCGUGGACUAAACCAGAUGUUGCUUUUCAUACCCUUCAUAUGGAUGUGUUAGGCCCAUUGCAAGAGUCGAACGGUUAUAAGCACGUCAUGGUGGUGGUUGAUGCCUUCUCCAAAUACUGUCUUUUGUAUCCCAUGCGUAAACAAGACCUUGAAGAGUUAAAGCAAGUAUUUAAAAAUGUUGUUUCUUUAUUUGGUACCCCGUCUCUCUUGGUUACUGACAGAGGUCGUAUGUUCGAAUCCACUCAUUUUGUCAAAUGGAUUAACGAAUUAGGGUGCUCAAUACAUCAUAUUACACCCGAAAUGCACCACGCCAAUGGCCAGGUUGAAAGAUAUAUCCGUACCUUACUUAACAUGUUGCGGAUAGAGGUAAAUCACAAGAAAAGCGAGUGGUCUGAGGAGUUAUGGCGCCUGCAACUUGUGCUUAAUAUCACUCGACAGAAGACUACUCAAGCAUCUCCGUUGAACCUCUUAGUAGGUACCGAGGGCACUACUCCUGCAAUACAAGCUUUGGUUCGCGAUGUCACUGUAGACUGUUCGAGUUCUGAUAGACAGUCCCUGCGAGAGCUUGACAGACAAAGGACAGCCGAACGUCUUAAACAAAAUCAGAGGCGACAAGAUGAGUAUGUUAAUAAAAGGCGGCAUCCCACCCGUGUUUUUCAAGUGAACGACCUCGUUUUUGUUAUCAAAUACUCUCAAUCCAAAGGUAAAUUGGAUCCGGGUAUGCGUGGUCCCUAUAAGAUAACGAGAGUCUUAGAAAAUGGCCGUUAUGAGUUGAAACUACUUACUGGAGCUUAUGGCAAAGCUAGUUAUGCUGCAGCUCAGUUCAUAGUACCAUGGAAAGGUGAAUGGACGCCUGAAGAAUGUGCAGCCUUUUUCUUGAGUAAGUACUUGGGUACUAGAACUUGUUUGCUAAAUGUAAGACUACUCCUGUAA